UUGUUCGCCCGCAGCGAGCGGGUGAAGGGCAUCGACUUCCACCCCCAAGAGCCAUGGAUUCUCACCACACUCUACAGCGGCCAUGUCUACAUUUGGUCGUACGAGACCCAGCAAAUCGUCAAGACAUUCGAGCUCACCGACGUCCCUGUGCGCGCCGGACGAUUCGUCGCAAGAAAGAACUGGAUUGUCUGCGGUUCCGAUGACUUCCAGAUUCGCGUCUACAACUACAAUACCUCGGAGAAGAUCACGUCCUUCGAGGCCCAUCCUGACUACAUUCGAGCCAUUGCCGUCCACCCGACACAACCUUUCGUGCUGACCGCCUCCGAUGACAUGACGAUCAAGCUUUGGGACUGGGAGAAGGGCUGGAAGUGCGUGCAGGUCUUUGAGGGUCACGGUCAUUAUGUCAUGGGCCUGGCCAUCAACCCCAAGGAUACCAACACUUUCGCGUCCGCCUCCCUGGACCGUACCGUCAAGAUCUGGAGCCUCGGCUCCGCGACGCCCAACUUCACCCUCGAGGCGCACGAGGCCAAGGGUGUCAACCACGUCGACUACUACCCCCACUCCGACAAGCCCUAUCUCCUGACAACAUCCGACGACCGAACUGUCAAGGUCUGGGAUUACACCACCAAGUCUCUGAUCGCUACCCUCGAGGGCCACACGAAUAACGUCUCGUUCGCGUGCUACCACCCCGAACUCCCAGUUAUCAUUUCCGGCUCCGAGGACGGCACCAUCAGGAUAUGGCACGCCAACACGUAUCGGUUCGAGCAGUCACUGAACUAUGGCCUGGAGCGCGCGUGGUGUGUCUCCUACCAGAAGGGCAAGCAGGGCGUUGCGGUUGGUUUCGAUGAUGGCGCGGUCGUCGUGAAGCUUGGUCGCGAAGAGCCUGCUGUCUCCAUGGACGCCUCAGGAAAGCUCAUCUGGGCCCGCCACAACGAGGUUGUUUCGGCCAUCAUCAAGGGUGGAGAUGCAUCCAUCAAGGACAACGAGCCCAUCCACCUCCCCGUCAAGGAGAUGGGUACCUGCGAAGUGUACCCAUCGACUCUCAUCCACAACCCGAACGGCCGAUUCGUCGCAGUCUGCGGUGACGGAGAGUACAUCAUCUACACGGCCCUGGCGUGGCGUAACAAGGCUUUCGGUUCCGCAUUGGACUUCGUAUGGGCCUCGAAGGAGAACACGAACGACUUUGCCAUUCGCGAGUCGGCAACAAGCGUCAAGGUCUACAAGAACUUUGUUGAGAAGUCGGGUGGCCUCGAUGUUGGCUUCCAGGCCGAGGGUCUGACUGGUGGUGUUUUGCUCGGUGUCAAGGGUCAAGGUGGCAUUUCAUUCUUUGACUGGCAAACUGGGGGCCUUGUCAGAAGAAUCGAGGUCGAGCCAAGAGAGGUGUACUGGUCCGACAGCGGUGAGCUGGUUGCUCUCGCAUGCGACGACACUUUCUACGUCCUCCGCUUCUCGCGCGAGGCCUACGUCGACGGUGUUCAAAGCGGUCAGGCCGACGAGGAUGGCGUUGAAGCCGCUUUCGAGGUCAUCACCGACAUCAACGAGAGCGUCCGCACCGGAGAAUGGGUCGGCGACUGCUUCCUCUACACAAACAACACCAACCGGCUGAACUACCUUGUGGGUGACCAGACCUACACUGUUUCUCACUUCGACCAGUCCAUGUACAUCUUGGGCUACAUCCAGCGUGACUCAAGGAUCUACCUCGCCGACAAGGAUGUCUCCGUCACCUCAUUCGCCCUGUCCCUGCCUGUUCUUGAGUACCAGACUUUGGUACUCCGCGACGACAUGGAGACGGCGCAAGAGCUGCUGCCCACCAUUCCCGCAGAUCAACUCAACAAGAUCGCCCGCUUUUUGGAGGGCCAAGGCCACAAGGAGCUGGCUUUGGAGGUCGCCACUGACCCUGAGCACAAGUUCGAGCUUGCCCUCGGACUUGGCCAGCUUGACACCGCCCUUGAGCUUGCCAGAGAGGCCGAUGUUGAGCACAAGUGGAAGACGGUCGGUGAUGCCGCGCUCGCAGGAUGGCAAGUUGCCGUGGCUCAAGAGUGCUUCACGCAUGCCAGGGACCUCGGCUCCCUCCUUCUUCUCUACUCCUCCACUUCCGACCGCCAAGGCCUUUCAAAACUGGCCGAGCAGGCUCAGGACGCCGGCGCUCACAACGUCGCUUUCAGCUGCAAGUGGCUCUUAGGAGACGUUGCUGGCUGCGUAGAGAUUCUCACCAAGACUGGCCGCUUAGCUGAGGCCGUCCUUUUCUCGCAAACAUACAAGCCCAGUUUGACGGCAGACGUCGUCAGGGAGUGGAAGGAGAGCCUCGACAAGGGAAAGAAGGGCCGUGUAUCCAAGAUGAUUGGUGUUCCUGUCGAGGACGAGGAGCUUUUCCCCGAGUGGGAUGAGUGGCUCAGCCUCGAGAAGGAGGGUGUCGCCGCGCCCGCGGUGACCGAGAUCAAGAAGGUCAACGGAACGGAGUCAGCCGAAGAAGCCGAAGAAGAGGCCGAGGAGGCGGAAGAGGAAGACGAAGAGGCUGAGGAAGCCGAGGCCGAAGAGGAUGACGAGUAG